AUGUAUGUUGAUUAAGGCAAUUACCCCUUGGCUUUGAAAAUUGCUAAGAGUCAUGCUCCUCAUAUGGUUGCAGAAUUAAAUAACAAAUAUGGCAAUGUAGCCAAUACUUAUAACAUGACAGGAGAGGACUUAUAUUAAAGUGCUUAGACUUGGGAAGAACAAAGAGAUUACUUAAAGGCUAUUGAGAUCUACUUGGAAGUCACCCCUUAAAAUACUUAAAGUGAAGAUGUGAUGACAAGAGCAUGGGAGAGAGCUAUUCAAAUAGCUGCCAAUUAUGAUAAAGAUAAGUAUCCAAGAAUUGUAUAGAUAGUUUGCAAGAGAUUAAUCGAAAUCAAGAAAUUAGAGACAGCAGCAUUUCUUUAUGAAUAAGUUGGAUAAUAUUAAGAAGCAGUUACUACGUAUGUUUAAGGUAGAGAAUUUGAAAAAGCAAAGUAAGUUGCACAAAUGAUUAAUAAUAAAGAAUUGAAUACUAAAUUGAUGGAUUACAUCACCAAAGAGUAACGUAAAUACGGAGCAUCAACAGGAUAAGCCAAUGUAAUGAUUGAAACUGGAGAUGUUGCAGCUGCCAUGGAAAUGCUAGCUUAAAAAAAUGAUUGGGGACAAUGCUUACAAUUAGCAGAUAAACAUGGAGUUGAAUACUUAAACAAAUAUCUGAUGAGAUAUGUUAAAAUCACUAUGUAAUAAGGAAGAUUCAGUGAAACUAUUCAAUCAUUGGCGACUUAUGGAAUGCCAAUUAUUUAAUAAAAUUAUCCAAUCUAUGAGAAUCUCGCAAUAGAAAUCUUUGUUGAAUGUGAUCCUAAAGAGUUGAAAUUACUUAGAUAAGCUUUGUUUGGAUUUAUCUAAGGAUUGGAAGCUGCUCAUGAAAUUAAAAGUGAAACUGGUAAGAAAUUUUUAAAAUUUGGCAUUGUUGCUCAUUUACUCAAUCUAAGAAAUUAAUAUGCUUAGGAUGGUAUUGUCAAAUUGCAUGCUCAAACUUGCAUUUCAUUGUUGAGAUACUGUGAUUUAGUUAGAAUUGAUUAAUUGUAUUUGGAUGCUGGAAGAGUUGCUAAGAAGAUCAAUUAGUUAGGAUUAGCAUUUGUUCUAUUGAAUAGAUAUUUGGAUAUAUACGAAGUUAUUGAAGAUCCUGAUAACAAUAAUGGAUUAGGAGAUGGAGCUGAAUUCUAAAAUAGUGAUUUACCCUCACCUUAUGAUGUACCAAUGCCAGAAAAGAAUUUGAUAAAUGACAAAGAGAAAGAAGAAAUAAGGGACUGGUUACUCUAAUUAAGUGUAAAUCAAAAUUAAGAUCCAGUACUUCCAACUAGACAAUGUGAUUGUGGAUAUUAAAUCUAUGAUGCUUCAUUGAGAUGUUUCAAAUGUAAGUAAACAUGGGAACCUUGCAUUAUAACUGGUAUGCCACUUCUUAAGAAUUAAACAAUUAAUUGUUAAUCCUGUGGAAAAGGAGCACUCAAAGAUGCAUGGAAUACAUAUUUACAAGCAUAUCCUACAUGUCCUUGGUGUAAUAAACACGCAAAAUGA